ACAGAGUCUUGGCCUUGCAUAUGGCAGGCCUGUGCUGUUUCUUUCAUCUUUCUUACGCAAGUGACAUUCCCAAAACUUGGGGCCAGGCUAUGUUACGGAGUCAAUCAAUAACCAAAGAUCUGUGACAGGGCAGGAGGUGGCGCCUGGACGGCUAACCUAACUAUAUAACCCUUCCAGUCCCGGGGUUCUGAAGAGAAGUGGUAAGUUCAGUGCAGUUUUCCACUGAGGUCUGCAUACCGAACUUUCAGCCAUGAAGGUAACGAGCAUCUUUCUUCUUAGUGCCUUGGCCCUGUUGAGCUUAUCUGGUACCACUAGAGCUGGCUUGGUGGGAAGAGAGGCUAAAUGUAACACUGAAACGACUGCAUGUACCAAGAUCUAUAAUCCUGUCUGUGGGACUGAUGGAGAAACUUAUUCUAAUGAAUGUGUGUUAUGUGUUCAAAAUAAGAAGCGCCAGAUCCCUAUCCUCAUUCAAAAAUCUGGACCUUGCUGAGAACCAAGGUUCUAAAAUCUCCUGUGGUCCCCACAAUGCCUAGCGGACCUGACUGUUGAAUAAAAUGCAUC